CAAUGAAAAGAAAUGAGGGCAUGUGGGGAGUGAGUAUGCCACGCUUUCAACUCCUACCACAAUCCCUUCUACAAUCUCCCUUUAUCUUCACUCCCCUCCUUUCUUUUCUUGCAUUACUUGAUUAAAAAUUCAUGGCAAUGACAUUACAGUUGCAGCAACAAGCAACUUCUACCAAGUCAUGGACUAUACCUUCUGCACUGGUGCCUCCUGCAGGCACCAGCAUCGGCCUUAGACGCGCUGCUGAUCGCUUUGCGUUACGAUCAUCUUUCUUGUCUUCCUCCCUCCGUCUCCCCGGUGUUAAUGUUACUGCUGCCCCUAAGUUAUCUAUGCGUGUUGCUUCCAAACAGGCCUAUAUAUGCCGCGAUUGUGGGUACAUUUACAAUGAUCCUCGCAAACCUUUCGAGAAAUUACCUGACAAUUACUUCUGUCCUGUGUGUGGAGCUCCAAAGCGCAGAUUCAGGGCAUAUGACCCGCCUGUAACCAAAAAUGUAAAUGACAAAGAUGUUCGAAAAGCAAGGAAAGAACAGAUUAAAAAAAAAGAAGCCAUUGGACGAGCAUUGCCUAUUGCCAUUGUUGUUGGAAUCGCAAUACUUGGUGGAAUAUACUUCUACCUGAACAACACCUAUUAAGGUCUUUAAUUGAAGUUUUGUACUCAACAUAGCUUUUUUUCUCAUCACCCUGUACUUGUGAGGGUAGUGAUCUCUUUUAACAUCGAUACUGCUACUCUUAAUUCUUUUUGUAUAAUUGUACUAGUGAGAAAUAUUGAAGCAUAAACAUGAUGAAAGCAUAUUGAUAUCAUAUUCUAUAUCAUCUCAAUGUCCUCA